ACUGAAAGAUUUUUUUUAAAUGUUAAUUAUGACAACAAUGUGUAUUCUGCUUUUAUGUUGACAAACAUGGUUUUAGUUUAUUUCACAGAGGCUGGACCCUUUUUUGCUGCGAGUCUGUCAACUCUGAGCACAAAACGGCCAGAGGAUAAAUGAACUGACACAGUCACCUUCCUUGUUAACACUGUAAAUAAAACUCUUGUACAAACAUACCAAAUGAGACUGUUGUCACUUUAAGAUAAUUCUGUUUGCCUGUCCACUUGUUUACUUUUAUUGCAGAGCAAACACAGUAGUGGUUGUUGAAUAUUAGGUUCAUGUGAAUUUGAUAGAAGGCAGCGAUGGAAGUUAAUGAAUGAAACAUUAGCCAUAGGACUGGAGGAGGUACGUUGCCAUCAGCGAGCGCUCUGUUUCUCCAACACCAGGAUCUGGUUUCACACACCUGUCGGCUGUGCAUCCAAACACUGCGCUGUUGGGCUCUACUCUGUUGGUGUGUCGUCUGCUUAUUUUAUAAAGCUUUUUUUAUUAUUCUUACGGGAAAGAGAAUGGAUCUUAAGAACAGGAAUUCAAGAAUUAGAUGAUAGAGGCUUGAAGGGAUGUCUGUGUCAUGGGCACAGAGCAAGAGGCGAACGAGAAGACAAGCGGAGAUGAUGAUGCAUCUCAACAGGACGCUGCUAGUAUUGCAGAUGUGUCUGUGGAGGUGGCCACAGUUGACCACACUCUGCAGAAGCUCCGCAGGAUGUACAGGAAGACGAGACGGAAGCCCAAGGGACUCAAGAGGCUGUGGGCUCGCCUACUGAGCAUCCCGCACCUCGCUCUCAUCAUCGCAGCGGUGGUGUUUGUGGUGGUGGUUAUCAUGUGGUCGCUGCUCUGGGUCUUCAUAUUUCGCAGGGAAAGCAACAGUGUAGCGUAUUUUGCCGGGAUGUUCCGUGUUGCCAACGUGGAGUUUAUCCCUGAGUACCGGCAGGCAGAGUCCCAUGAGUUUGUAUCCAUGGCAAACAAAAUCCAACAUGUGGUGAGCAAUGUGUACAAGGUGUCCUCGGUGGCCAGACUCUACAAGCAAGCUGUCAUUUCAGACCUCAGUAACAACAACAAGGGCGGUGUGCUGGUUCAUUUCUGGAUGGUGUUUGUGGUCCCUCGAAUAAAGAGCCCAGCAGUGUGUGAGGACUGUGUAGGAGCCAUCUUCAGAGACUCCGUCCACACCAGCAUGAAGAACAGGUCCUCUGUAGGCUACCUGCUGGGCCUCCCAGUGGACAUAGACUCCAUCCUCAUCAAUGCUGUUCAGCGAUCAGAUUUCACAUCAAAUGGAGCAGGCUCACAAUGUGUGGAUAAGCUGUAUGCCAACCUCCCUGGGGCGAGCGUCCCUUUAAAUGUCUUCUCGUCGUGGGGGGGUCUGAAUUGCCAUGUAAAACUCACCUCUGUGCCGGGCUUUCUGAUCCGUCUGACCAUCAACUCGUUCCUUAUUGAGCCCAGCGACUGUGUGAGCGAUGCCCUCACAGUGUAUGACGCUCUGCUGCCCAUGAGAGGGCGCAUUCUGCACAGGCUGUGUGAGCCGGUGUCCACCUUCUUCUCUCUGGUGUCUACCUCCAAUGUCAUGUUGCUGACCUUCAGAAUGACCAGUGGCAACAAGAGCUUCAGAGGACACUUUGAGGCUAUACCUGAUGAGAUGUGUAUGUCUCAAAUUGAGACCCACAUAGACCCUCACAUCACUGGUGAAAUCUACAGCCCCUUCCACCCCAGUCUUCUGCCCCCACAGGGCUUCUGCAUCUGGCAGUUUGAGACCCCUCACAGCGCUUUAGGAGUUGCUCUGCAGUUUCAGAACUAUGUAUUGAAACCAAAGGGCAUGAAGGGCUGUGAGCACGGCUGGUGGAAGGUCAAUGAAAUCAUUUUCUGUGGCAGCUACGUGGGCCACCACACGGUGUUUCGGAUCGCUGACCACAGCCCAGAGGUGGAGUUUCGCUGCAGCUCACGUAACUCUGCUCAGCCUUUUCAGGCAACUUACAGCAGCUACAAUAUCAGCCAACCCUGUCCAGAGAGCCACUUCCUGUGCUCCACAGGACUGUGUGUGGAGAAGAGUCGACGCUGCGACGGUCUGGACGACUGCCAGGAUGAGAGUGACGAGGUCUUCUGCUCGAGGCCGACAAAGAACUGUGGUGGCAACAGUCCUCUGCAUCCUUUGUAUGUAUGCAAUGGAGAGACAGACUGCACCAAUGGAAAGGAUGAGAUCAACUGCACUCAGGAAACAACCUGCUCUGCAAUCAGGUAUCACUGCAACAGUGGCUCCUGCAUCCUGAAGAAAAAUGCAAAGUGUGAUGGUGUUCAUGACUGUCAGGACCGCAGUGAUGAGGCCGACUGUGCCUGUGGCCGUCCCUCCUUGGUGAAUAAGGUGGGUUCAUCUACGGGCUCUGAGCGGAUCGUGGGUGGAGAGAACUCUGUAGAGGGCGAGUGGCCGUGGCAGGUCAGCCUCCACUUCUCUGGUAACCUGUACUGUGGGGCUUCUGUCCUCUCCUCUGAUUGGCUCAUAUCAGCAGCUCACUGCUUCAGCAAGGAAAGGCUGUCUGACCCACGUUACUGGAGCGCUCACCUCGGCAUGCUGACGCAGGGCAGUGCCAAACAUGUGGCGGAAAUCCAGCGGAUCGUGGUGCACGAGUAUUAUAACGCGUACACGUUUGACUAUGACAUCGCCCUGCUGCAGCUGAAGAAGCCCUGGCCUCCUUCUCUCAUCCCGCUGGUCCAGCCUGUGUGCCUGCCUCCCCCCUCCCACACUGUCACUGACAGCCACCGCUGUCUGGUCACCGGCUGGGGAUACCGCUCUGAGGAGGACAAAGUUUUGCCCUCAGUGCUGCAGAAAGCAGAGGUCUCCCUACUGAGUCAGACUGACUGUAAGAAGAGCUAUGGACCUGUCUCUCCGCGCAUGCUGUGUGCUGGGGUCCCUUCUGGAGACAGGGACGCCUGCAGGGGUGAUUCAGGGGGUCCUCUGUCCUGUCAGGCCCCGGGCGGGGGUCGCUGGUUCCUCAUUGGCAUCGUCAGCUGGGGGGCGGGCUGUGGCAGACCAAACCUGCCUGGGGUCUACACCAGGGUCAACAAGUUCACCUCCUGGAUCUACAGCCAUAUCAGCUGACAUGAUGACACUCUUUUUCAUCCAGUGCCAGCUGAUGUUUAAAU